GACAUUUUAUUUCUGUCCGAGUCAAAAUAAAGCGAAGCCACGGGUUGUUUCGUCCUAAUUUCAGCGAAAUAAUAUAAAUCUGAUAUUUUUCUGUAUCAGAGCAUUCUGAAAUGUUAAAAAUAUUGUGAUAAUAUUAAAAUAUACAAAAAUGUGUGAUAGCGAUGAUCCUGGCGACGGCGGGCGGUCAGGCAUGGAUCUGACCGGGUUUUUAUUCGGUAAUAUAGACGAAAGUGGUCAGCUGGUGGAUGAUGGGCUCUUAGAUGGUGAAUCGAAGCGAAUGCUGUCGUCACUUCACCGUCUGGGCCUCGGGUCUAUGUUGCAAGAGGUGUUGGAUGAGGAGGAAGUUAGUAAAGAAGACCAGGAGAAAGAUUACUCUGAAAAGAGUCCAUCGGCAGUUGACUUCUUCGAUAUUGAUGAUGCUGUGGAGGAUGUAAAAGAAGUAGAGAGUAGCACUACUACUAACGGGGAGAUACAGGCACAGGCACAACCACAGAGCACUGACACGGAAAAGACAUCAGACACAGAAAAGAAAAUAGACACAGAGGUGACGGAACCAAAAUCUGAACCUACACUGGAACCGGAACAGACUGAAGUAGACACUGUUAGCGAUUGUCCACAGAAUGAAGUAGAGGUUAAAGAUGAAGCAGCAGAAUGGAAUCAAAGUAAAAAGUAUUCUGAGCAAGAAGACACUGAAGGUCGUACUGAUGAUGGUUAUGAAGGUGACAUGGAGGGUGAUGGAGAUCUUAUGCCACCACCGUCUACUGUUCCCAGUAGAGAUUCUAAGUCAGAGAAACCGAAAAAGUUGGAGACACCAUUGGCUGCUAUGCUACCUUCUAAAUAUGCCAAUGUGGAUGUUAGAGAAUUGUUUCCGGACUUUAGACCAGAUAAGGUGCUACUAUUUUCCCGUCUAUUCGGCCCUGGCAAGCUAUCAAGCCUUCCUCAGAUAUGGCGCGGGGUGAAGAAGCGACGGCGGCGCAAGCGCAGCGGUAGUACUAGUAGUGACACACCUCCGACCAUACCAGAGAACCAAGAGGUCCAGUACGCUAGCGAUGAUGAGGAUAAAUUCCUUAGACCCAUGGAAGAGAAUCAACACUUGAACUCUGAUUACAACAAUGCCAAUUCAGGGUCGGGUGAUAAAUCCCAGAGACCCACUCCGGCGCAUUGGCGGUUUGGUCCCGCGCAGGUUUGGUACGACAUGCUCAACGUGCCUGAGACUGGAGACGGGUUCGACUAUGGCUUUAAACUUAAGGCGCCAUCACCCGAAAGACAACCUGAAAGGGAAGAAAAACCGAAAGAACCCGAAGAAGCUACUUCUGAGGAGCCGAAACCAGAUAGUCCUGAUAGCGGAUUCCCUGAGGACUCCUUCCUCAUGGUGUCACAGUUGCAAUGGGAAGAUGAUGUUAUAUGGGACGGCAGCGAAAUCAAACAUAAGUAUCAAAAUUGUCAGGUGCUAGCUCGUCUGAACAGUAAGAGCAACGCUGCUGGAUGGGUGCCUACUUCUGUCAGUCGAACAGCGCAGCAGUUCUCUCAUCCACGACCGCAACCCACCACGCCUUUACAGCCGAAACCUUCCGCAGCAGCAACAGCAACUGCGACCCCGGGAUCCUCAACAAAUGACGGCGAAGACAACACGUGGUACAGCAUAUUUCCAGUGGAAAACGAAGAGUUGGUCUACGGUACUUGGGAGGAUGAAGUUAUAUGGGACGCAGAGAACAUGAAGCAGAUACCCAAACCGAAGAUAUUGACGCUAGAUCCCAAUGAUGAGAACAUUAUACUGGGUAUUCCUGAUGAUGUUGAUCCGUCGAAGAUUACAAGAGAAAGAGGUCCAGCACCCAAAGUGAAGAUACCUCAUCCUCACGUGAAGAAGUCAAAGAUAUUGCUCGGGAAAGCUGGUGUCAUCAACGUGUUGCAAGAAGACGCGCCGCCUCCGCCGCCCAAAUCACCAGACAGAGAUCCCUUCAACAUUUCUAAUGAUGUGUACUACCAACCGAAGUCCCAGAAUCCUCGUCUAAAAGUCGGUGGUGGUCAGCUCAUACAACACAGUACUCCGGUGGUAGAGCUCAGGGCUCCGUUCAUACAAACUCACAUGGGUCCCGCGAGGUUAAGGGCUUUCCACCGUCCGGCGAUGAGGAAGCUGUCUUAUGGCCCGCUAGCGGCCCCCGGUCCUCAUCCCGUGCAGCCCCUUUUGAAGCAUAUUAGGAAGAAGGCAAAGCAACGCGAAGCAGAGCGUCUAGCGUCAGGUGGUGGAGAUGUCUUCUUCAUGCGUACUCCAGAAGACCUGAGUGGAAGAGAUGGAGAAGUGAUCCUAGUGGAGUUCUGUGAGGAACAUCCGCCUCUCAUCAGCCAAGUUGGAAUGUGUACCAAGAUUAAGAAUUAUUACAAACGGACUGCUACUAAUGAUACCGGUCCAAAGCCGCUGAAGUAUGGCGAGAUAGCGUACGCGCAUACGUCACCUUUCCUCGGGAUCCUACCGCCUGGAGCCACGCAACCAGUAGUAGAGAACAACAUGUACCGAGCACCGAUAUAUGAACACACACUGCCGCAGACCGACUUCCUUAUUAUCAGGACUAGGCAAGCGUACUAUGUUCGCGAGGUAGACGCGUUAUUCGUUGCUGGGCAAGAAUGUCCCCUCUAUGAAGUACCAGGUCCCAAUUCUAAGAGAGCCAAUAACUUUGUGAGGGACUUCCUACAGGUUUACAUCUAUAGAUUGUUCUGGAAAUCCCGCGACAAUCCGCGACGUAUCAAGAUGGACGACAUAAAGCGAGCGUUCCCUUCACAUUCGGAGAGUUCCAUUAGAAAGCGGUUGAAAUUGUGUGCUGAUUUCAAACGUACUGGCUUGGACUCCAACUGGUGGGUGAUAAAGCCGGAAUUCCGUCUACCAUCCGAAGAAGAGAUCCGUGCAAUGGUAUCUCCGGAGCAGUGUUGUGCCUACUUCAGUAUGGCGGCUGCAGAACAAAGGUUGAAAGACGCGGGUUAUGGUGAGAAGUUCAUCUUCACACCGCAGGAGGAUGAUGAUGAAGAAAUGCAAUUGAAAAUGGACGACGAGGUUAAAGUAGCCCCUUGGAACACAACGCGAGCCUACAUCCAGGCUAUGCGCGGGAAGUGUCUACUUCAACUGACGGGGCCAGCUGACCCCACAGGUUGCGGUGAAGGCUUCUCCUACGUACGGGUUCCUAAUAAACCUACCCAGCAACCCAAUGAGGAGCAGCAACCUAAAAGAACUGUCACGGGAACCGACGCUGACUUGAGAAGACUGAGUUUGAAUAACGCUAAGGCCCUGCUGAGGAAGUUUGGUGUGCCAGAGGAGGAGAUCAAGAAGCUAUCACGUUGGGAAGUUAUUGACGUCGUCAGAACAUUGUCUACGGAGAAGGCCAAAGCUGGAGAAGAGGGCAUGACGAAGUUUUCACGAGGAAACAGAUUCUCCAUUGCUGAACAUCAGGAAAGGUACAAAGAAGAAUGCCAACGUAUAUUCGAGUUGCAAAACCGUGUACUGCAAAGCACAGAAGUGCUAAGUACAGACGAGGCUGAGAGUUCGGCUAGUGAAGAGUCUGAUAUUGACGAGAUGGCCAAAAACAUCGAGAAUAUGCUCGCUAAUAAGAAAACUACCGAGCAGUUGUCAAUGGAGAGAGAAGAGGCAGAAAGAGCGGAACUCAGGAAAAUGAUUCUCGGACAAAAUGAGAAGAAACCGCAAAUCAACCAGGCUGAUCAACAGACUUCUAAUCAAGGGCGAGUACUCCGCAUAGUGCGUACAUUCCGCAACGCAUCUGGUCAACGGUACACUCGCGUCGAAUUAGUACGUAAACCAGCCGUAAUAGAAGCAUAUACUAAGAUACGACAGACGAAGGAUGAAGCCUUCAUUCGACAGUUCGCUACCAUGGAUGAAACACAGAAGGAAGAGAUGAAGAGAGAAAAAAGGCGAAUCCAGGAACAAUUGAGACGUAUCAGAAGAAACCAGGAAAGGGAAAGACUGGCUGGAAAUGUCACUGUGCCCGCGUCGUUCCCAGGCGAAUCUCUAAGCUCGACGAUAGACUUAAUCUCUCCGUCGCCUGGGCUAAUACCUCUUGGACAGAUCAAACAAGAACCGGGCGAACAUACACCGUCCCGUCGACGCGCCAAACUAAAACCAGACCUCAAGCUCAAGUACGGACAAUACAGAAAUGCUAUCGGCCAAAACUCUAGUUUAAUUCAGGGCGGUAGCAAAGUACCACGAUCAUACGCCUGCGGCGCGUGCGGGCAAGUGGGGCACAUGCGGACCAACAAGGCGUGUCCUCUGUACACUGGGUCUAUGGGAGGUGGCCCUAUAUCGCCGCCGGAACCUGAUAUUGAGCCUCCCCCGGAACCGGCCGAUGAAGACGACUUGGGAUACGUUGAUGGGACCAAACUUACUCUGCCUUCGAAGCUUAUCAAGCAAUCGGCAGAAGACAUGAAACGUCGCGGCAGCGGCGGUCGACGUGGCGAGUACAGGGCCGCCGGGCGUAACAAGCGUCGAGGCACGGCGAGCGAAUCCUGUGACUACUUAGUGAAACGACCAGCAGAGAGACGACGCACUGACCCCCUGGUCACCCUAUCAUCUCUUCUAGAAGAUGUUCUAAACCAUAUACGUCAUCUCCCUGACGUACAGCCGUUCUUGUUCCCUGUUAACCCCAAGAUGGUGGCAGACUACUACCGUAUAGUGUCGCGGCCGAUGGACCUGCAGACAAUUCGCGACAACUUGCGUCAAAAGCGCUACCAGAGCCGUGAGGACUUCCUCGCUGAUGUCAACCAAAUCGUCGAGAAUUCUACUCUUUACAACGGUCUGAACAGCAGCUUGACGGUAGCAGCACAAAGGAUGCUGCAGCGAUGCGUCGACAAACUCGCGGAGAAGGAAGAACAGCUCAUGAAGUUAGAGAAACAGAUCAACCCAUUGCUAGAUGACAAUGAUCAGGUGGCGCUGUCAUUCAUCUUAGAAAAUCUAUUGACGACAAAGUUGAAAAUCAUGCCCGAAGCGUGGCCGUUCUUGAAACCGGUGAACAAGAAACAAGUGAAGGACUAUUACAACGUGAUAAAGAGACCAAUUGACAUGGAAGCUAUGGGCAAGAAAAUUCAAGCCCACAAAUACCACAGCCGCGAAGAUUUCCUUCGUGACGUGAACUUGUUAGUGGAAAACUGCCGCGCCUACAACGGGCCUAACUCGCAGUUUACAAGACAGGCGGAAGCCAUUUUGAAAGUCACGCAAGAUGCCCUUGAACAGUUCGGCGAACACGUAAGCCAGUUAGAAGCGAACAUUGCCAAAGUACAGCAGAAGAUGUUAGAAGAAGCAGAACAGUCGGACGAAGGUGAAGAACCGUUACCGCCGCCACCGCCGCUACCGCCAUCUGAUGAGAAGCGCGGCCGCGGACGACCGAGGAAGCACAAGCCUUCCACUUCCAGGGCUUCUGCUGACGGGGGCCCACCAAGGAAACGCGGCAGACCCUCAAGAAAGGACCAGAACAGCUUGGAAGACGAUCUUCAAUAUUCGGACAGUGGAAGUUCCGAUCUGGAGGAGGUUGAGACCAAAGAUGCUGCUGCUACUAUGGUUCAACUUUCUGUAAAGCCUGACGGCAUGCGAGGAAGCGAUCAACCGUUCGACACGUCCGAGUUCCUGAUCAAACGUGAGGUGCCAGAUGAACCGCCGCAGCCCUCGGACGACUUGGUGGACCUCGACCACAGUACGGAUUACACUUACCCGCCUAUAGUCAAGGAGGAGCCUAUAGAACCAGACAUGAGUAUGGAACCAUCAAUGAUGGAGGGAAGAUCAUUGGAGCCACCACCGCAGUUCAAGGAGGAACCACCAGAAAACUGGCAGCCGGACCCAGCUAUACAAGACGAUUUGCAAGUCACGGACAGCGAAGAAGAGGCUGAGGAUGGAUUAUGGUUCUAGAAAAAUCUAAAUUGCGAAUACAUUUGGUGUUGGCACUAUGUACAUAAAAAUAUAAAUCUUAAGAAAUUAUAAAUUAAGUAUUUUCAAAAGAAGUAAGAUAAAGGGAAAUAAUGGCCCUGAUUCCUGCAGACACCAAUUAUAUUUUAAGUUAUACCCGUCAUUUUCUUAUCCACCUAAAAGGAAAGGGACGAACGGUUAACAAAUGUUAAUUUUAAAAUGAAUGAAUAACCCGGGCGAAUAAAAUAGGCAUCUCGCUGGAAUGUAACCCGUUUGACGUGUGCUGUCAACAUAAUUCUGUCAGGUUAUUGGCCAAUAUAUAAAUUUGGGAAGGUUUUUAAUAUUCCUGCCUAAAAUUGACGUCUGUUUCAUAAAUUGUAUGCCUGUCGAUUACCCGUCCCUUUCCUUUUCGGCGGAUAAGAAAAUGACAGGUACAACUUAAAAUACAAUUAAAUGGUGUCUGUAGGAAUCAGCACAAUUAUUUUAAUUGUUACAGUUUUAUGUUUAAGUUCCGAGUAAUAAAUAUUGGUAAUUAUA